ACGAAGAUAAGGAGCUAGAGCUUUAGCUUGAUGUGGUUUCUUGGACAAGAGAAGAGAUUUAGAAUAGCGGCAUGCUACGGACAUCCUGUAGGAGACGACUGCGUUUUCCUGCAGCCGCAGCCAGCGAGUGCAUAUCCAGUGUAAUGACUGGCCGAGGCCAGAGCGGCCUCUGGUUUGAGCGUGCAUGGUUACCACGGGUGAUUACAGAAAUAGUAUUUGUGGCAAGCAAACAGUGUAUCAACAAUUACAUUUAUUUUCAAUCAUUCGUCAUAUGGACAGUGAGGGACGAAUGGAAUCAUUCGUUGUUAUUUUCUGAGGGAGCAAUGUGGUACUCAUUUUUUAAUUCCAAUUGGGAACCAAAAUGAGCGAACACUAUUAUCGCUCAUGUGGCUUAGUCGUCUUCUUAUAUCAACUAUAACUAGUGAAUAAAAAUUAUCUUGGUAUAUUAUUCGUCUUUGAUGGUUCAAAGAUCGUGAUUCAAUUUUUGCCUAAACAAUAAUUGCGUGUAAUAUUUAUUGAUCUUAAAAGUGAGAUAUUUCGAGACGGGAAAUUUUGCAGCUCUCUGAGAAAUCUCUGAACUCUACGAUUUUGAAGCUCUGAUUUCAUAAUUGCAAGAGUGCCGUUUCAGUUUCUGAGCUAGAAUCCAGGAUGAGAAGAAUAGCAGAUCUUACGGCAGUGCUGUUCUUUUUAGUGAUUUCAUUCACAUCUGCUGGAGAUGCUUCAGGCUUUCAGCUGUUACGGGGACUGAAAAUUAGCCGUACAUAUUCAAAUAAUUCCCAUUUACUGUCGUCGAAAAGAAUGGAAGUCAGUGGUCCCAGCAUAAGAGACGUCAACUUUGGCAGUUCAAACAAGCAAGAUUUCGAAAAAUUGACUAUAAGCGAUAUUAUGAAGGCCGCAGUACGCGAUGCAGUCCGUGAAAAAGCUUACCGUGAUAGUGCACCGAAAAUCUCUGGUCCGAGCGAACUUUACUCAGUUAAUUCUAAGAAACUCGAACGAGAAGGACAACACAACUGCACAUCCCGCUCUUCAAGCCACACUCAGCAUGAAUUGAUGUCUGGAAAAAAUCUCACCCUAGCGACAGCAGUCUUCAAUGCAAGUCAAACCCUGAAAACAAAUUGGUCAAUCGUCCGGGAUGUGACCUACCCUAACGGGUCUCGCUUUGGCUCGGCCACCAGCCCUAAUCAGACCCCAAUAUCGGCUCAUACAAGACCGCACGAGGCGUUAAGUCAUCCUAGGAGUCAAUUUGGUCACGAUCGCCCCAGACGGUCACGGGAUUCAUGUGAUGAACCUGGCUGCCUGCCGCCAGGGAGCGUCGUCAAGUGCAAAAAAGACGAUGAAGAACGCAUCAUAGAAAAUCGUCCAGUAUUUUUCAACUUAUAUCGGAACAGAGUAGCGUUUAAAAUCCGGGCUACCUUGUGGCUUGCAAAUAAAAACAUGGAUGAAAAAGCAUACAAAACAGCAGCCAAUCUGAACGACGGAAGUACAAUUAAGACAGCAAGUGACUGGAAACGGUUCAAAAUUGAGGCUACCACAGAUUUUCCAAGUAAAAACUGGACGAUUAUCUUCACGAUUGAAAGCGACAACUUUUCCCGACCGGUUGUAACCAACUACACCAUCGACGACUAUCGCUUUGGUCAGCUAGUUAUCUCUGUUCCGGUGAGAGACGUGCUUUGGUUCGUCGGAGCUGCUCCAAAUUGUUCCGCGUUCUCCACACUAAAACCUUUGAAAGAAAGACUGUCUACUACUACAGACCAGACAAGCCCCACUCUCCGUGUUUACGCAAAACAACCUGCCUCUCCUGGAGCGUCUCGGCCGCAGUUGCUCUGGCUGCUGCUGCUGUUCGUUCCGCUGGUGGCACGUAUUGCAGUGAUGAAAAGAAAAGGACAGGAAUCUGCGUUAGACACUUCGAUGGGUGUCCAAAAUGAGAACAUCAGCCCCAUUUACGAUGACAUUUGUGGUCCGAUACACCUCACCCAAAAAGUUCGUCAGAUGCCCAUCAACAGCCUCUGUGGUCAAGUAGCCCCGGACCAAAUCAAGAGUCGAUCGACUAUCAAUACCUUUUUAGGCCAUGACGCCCGUCGCUUUGAGAACCAUCAGCAAAGUUCGCGCCAAAAUUUGGCGGGUAACAUUACUGCCCCAAACGAGUACAUUAACUCUGGCAGGAGUGGACCCGUGGACGAAGCUCAUUACGAAUUGUAUAUUCAGGCGAAUGAGCUUGUGAACAGCAACAUAUAUGAUAACGACGGGGAAAUGUAAAUCCGUUUAUGAAUUAUAGAUUAGAAGUUGUUACACUGGUACGUCAGGCGACAUCAAGUAGUGUGAGAAGAGUAUGAUCAACUGAACGUCAUUAUUAUUGCUUCCCUAGAUAUGUUUCAGCAUGAAUAAAAUUAUUUUAUACAA